AUGCAAAGUUGGUACUUGGCAACAGGAGAUUCCCUAAAAACAAUAUCUUUCAGUUAUCGUCUGGGUCAUUCGACAGUUUAUACAAUUGUUAUUGAUACAUGUAAGGCUAUCAUAAAUAAAUUAAUGACUGAAGUUAUGCCAAUGCCCACGGAAAAAAAAUGGAAAGAAAUUGCCGAUAAAUUUUGGACAUAUUGGAACUUUCCAAACGUCAUCGGGGCUUUGGACGGCAAACAUAUAGUUACUCAAGCUUUACCAAAUAGCGGAUCACUAUACUUUAACUAUAAGAAGACAUUUUCAAUUGUGCUUUUAGCUCUCGUUGACGCACACUAUAAUUUUAUCACAGUUGAUGUAGGUGCCUACGGAAAGAAUAGCGAUGGUGGUAUACUUAUGCACUCAAAAUUAGGUAAAAUGCUUGAAACAAACACUCUCAAUAUACCACCCAAUUCAAUACUUCCAGGAACAAAUUGUAGUGCUCCAUUUGUAAUAUUAGGUGAUGAAGCAUUUCCUUUAAAAAAUUAUUUACUACGACCCUAUCCCGGAAAACAGUUGGAUAACGAAAACAAACGAAUUUAUAAUUAUAGACACUGCCGCACAAGAAGAGUAGUCGAAAACGCAUUCGGCCUUUUAACACAAAAAUUUCGAAUAUUUAAUGGAAGAAUACAAGCAAACCCAGAAAACGCCGAUAUAAUUGUGUUAGCUUCGUGUGUAUUACACAAUUUUAUAAAAAUAAGUGAUAGUAACUUUUCAUACAAUCGCAAUGUCACUGAAUGUACACAGUUAAAUGAAACUACUACGUCUACGUUAAAUAACAUACCGUUCCAAGGUGGAAAUGCUAGUCAACAGGCAUUUAAUGUGAGAGAACUUUUUACUGAUUUUUUCAAUUCACCAGAUGGAGCAGUUUCAUGGCAACAUAACUAUAUUUAA